AUGUCGACCUUCGAGCCCGUCGUCGUCAUCGACGGCAAGGGACACUUGCUCGGUCGUCUCGCCAGCACAGUCGCGAAGCAACUCUUGAACGGCCAAAAAAUCGUCGUCGUGAGAUGCGAGGCGCUCAACAUCUCUGGCGAAUUCUUCCGUGCUAAGCUCAAGUACCAUGCCUACCUCCGCAAGAUCACUCGUUACAACCCAACCCGAGGUGGUCCCUUCCACUUCCGCGCCCCCGCCCGCAUCUUCUACAAGACCGUCCGAGGCAUGAUCCCACACAAGACCGCCCGCGGUGCUGCCGCAAUGGAGAGAUUGAAGGUCUUCGAGGGCAUUCCCCCGCCAUACGACAAGAAGCAACGCAUGGUCGUUCCUCAAGCCUUGAGGGUCCUCAGAUUAAAGCCCGGAAGGAAGUACUGCACGGUGGGCCGAUUGGCGCAUGAGGUGGGAUGGAAAUACCAGGACGUCGUCGCGAGACUCGAGGAGAGGAGAAAAGUCAAGGGCGCUGCAUACUACGAGCGAAAGAAGGCUCAACGAAAACAACUCGCCGAGGCAACCAAGUCGACGGCCGAUGCGGGCGCGAACAAGAAGUUGGCUGAGCUGGGCUACUAA